CAGCCGAUGCAAGUAACCUGUAUAAAAAACGAAAUGUUACUUAUUUACAACAAUUAGCAGGAUAAAUUCAAGGAGAUAUGUCUUUGUUUCCAGCUUAUUCUGGCGAAAAAAAUAAAUCUCUGAAUUCGAAUGAAUCAGAGAAUUGUUCAAAAGGAAAUGAUUCAACGAAUUGGUUACACAACUCUAGUUAUUUAGAACAGACUUCAUCUAACAAUUAUCCUGAUGAUUCUUCUGAGUCUUUGGACAAAGCUGAAACUGAACUUUCAUGUUUACAUAAACAAAAGACACAUGCUGUUCCUUCUUUAAGCAAAGAAAAGCCUAUAUUAGAAGAAAAAAGAAAGUCUAAACAUGUUAAAAGAAAGAAAAGGGAAAAAAGAAAAUAUGCCGAUGAAAAAGUAGGAAAAUCAGGAUAUGAGAAAGACGUAGAAAAUGUUUAUUUUGAAGAUAGAAACAGAGAUAGAGGAAACAACACUGUAAAUACACUUUGUUCUAGAGUUAGACCAUAUUAUAAUGUUAAAAGAAGAACCCUUGGUUUUUUUUCUUAUAAACAAUCAAAGAAAGAAACUUAUGAAAGGUAUUAUACAAAAAAUAUUGAUUAUAUAAAUAAAAACAAGACAAAAGAUACCAUUAUUAGAAAGGAAUCUAUCUCUACCUCAUCUAAAGAAGAAGAAUGUACUCCUGUGUGGCAUAUUAAGUUAGAAGAAUUACAGAAAGCUAAAACUAAAGAAUACAAUGAAAAAUUGUCAAACGCAAAGGAUAUUCAUAGAGCAACAGCAUUAAAAAAAUUAUCUAUAGUUGAAAAAGCUUUAGAGAAAAAUUUGGAGUCUAUAAAAUUAUUAAAAUUAAAGUUGUCUUUCAUGACACAACUUUUACCAGCUGAUGAAUUCUCAAAGCAACUUGAAACAUUAGUUAACAAAGAUUCAGGAAAUCUUAUUUUAUGGCAAGAAUUUAUUAUGACUACACAGGCUUCAGUAGCAAUGUGUACAGUACCAAAAGUUUUAGAUUUAUAUUCAAAAUGUUUCUGCAUUUUAAAACAGAAAGCUAGAACAAAUCCUCGUAUUUAUGACGAACGAUUAUUACAAAUGUUGUAUUGGUGUCUAACGUUUUUAAGACAUACUGGACUUUGGGAACAAAUGUGGGAAACAAUACGUUUGAACCUCAUACUAAAUCUUAGUUUAGACAAAAAUUGCCUAUCCUUUCAAAAAACAAUAGAUGAAAAAAAAUUAAUUGGAAUGGAAGAAGUGAUAUUGAUGUCGAGAUUACCACUCAAUCAAUUGUGGCAAAGAACAGAAUCACUGAGAGAAAAUUGCCAUUGGAUUAGUGUUAGCAGAGACGAAUUAGAAUUAGUUGGUGAUUCUCGAAGAUUUAUUUUGCCAGAUGAUGUCGCGGAUUUUGUUCAUCCUAUACUUUCAAGAAAUUUGAAUUUUCGAAUGGCGAUUCAUACAUUACUUCUACUUAAAGUACCACUGUUACCUACUCGAGACUGUAUGUUAAAAAUGUUAGCAUUAGAAGAAUUUCAUUGGGGAAUAGAAACUUCAGAAGUAUUGCUUCCUUUCGCCUACCCUAUGGUAGGUGAAAUGACUGGUCAUGAGCAAAGAAAAGCAUUAUUAAAUGGUAUACUUGAAGGGCAUUUAACAUCAGGUCCUCAGUAUCUCAUGUUUCAUCCUGCACAAGAAUCAUACUUGGAUUUCGUACGCGAAAUAUUUUUUACAAUUGCUGAGAAUUUAUCUUCUUUGCAACGUACAAGUAUAUAUGUUUGGUGGUUAAGAUUUGAAAGAUUGCUUAUUUUUCUCCAGAAAGAUGAUCCAUUAAAAUAUGACAAUAAGCGAAAGAAAUUGAAAACAACAUUAAAGGAAUUUUUAAAAAAGGAGGAAAAUAGGAAUAAUUUACAUUUCUAUAGAGAAUAUGCACUAAUAGAGAAAGAAAUGGGAAAAUUUGAUAAUUGUGUGAAUAUUUUGGAAACGGCCAUUCAAUCACAAGGUGCAUGUCCUGAAGCAAUUCAUAAUUUUAAUGAAAGAUCAGCACUUCUAAGCUUGUAUCGAACAUAUAUUGAAAUUUUGCUUAACUCUGAAUCAUAUAAAGAAAUGCAUAAAACACAAAUACUAAAUGUUAUUGCACAAAUAGUACCUGAAGGAAAAAAUCAAUUGUUACAAGUAGAAAAAUAUUUAGAAAGUUGCGUACAAAAUUUCUUACAAGAAGGUGCUUUAGAAACCGAAGAAGAUACACAUUUUCUACCAAACCUAACAUGCGAUACAAUUGUCUGUUACGCAUAUUUGCUAUACGUACGAGAUUCCGACGUUAAUAAAAUAAUCAGUAUAUUCAAAAACUGUCUAAAUCACUAUAAAGGGUGUCAUUACAUACAGGAGAUGUUACGCGAAAGUCAAAUCGCACUUUUACAAUUACAUUGCAAAUGGACUCAAGAAGAAAGCAUUUUCAAAAUAGAACUAGAUGAUAUGUUAAAUUUAUAUCCAAAUAACUUUUUUGCGCUCUCCAUACUGGCAUGCAUUGAAAGUGAACUACCCAUUUGGAAAUGUAACAGUCAAAUGACAAAACUUCAAUUAUGGAGAGCAUUUGCUAUGUGUUUGGCAAAUCGAAAACGUAUUCAUUAUUUACAAGAACUUAAAGAUUAUGUUAGUAUGAAUGCAGCAAUUAAUAAAUUGCUACAUUUUCAUCAAACUCUUGCGAGGGUACCAACAAUUAAAUGCUGCCCUUUGUUAUGGAGAUUAUAUAUGCUUCUCCUCAGAGAAUAUAAUUUAUGUGAAAAAAAGGGAGAAGAAAUAUAUCAUGAAAGUGUUGCAUUGUGUCCUUGGGCGAGGAGCAUUUACAUUGAUGCAGCAGAGGUUGCACCUCAAAUUCUUACUCAAGUUCAGGAUGUGAUAAGAGAAAAAGAAUUGAGAAUGCACGUUACCCCAGAAGAAUUAGAUAUUUUACGUGGUUAA